AUGAAUUCAGAUCGGCCGUUUACCCAAGGAGGCCCUGAUGAGGAUCUAAGCGAUGAGUUUGAGGUUGGACAACAAUUUAAGAACAAAGAAGAAGUCCUGUUGACAGUUAAGCAGUACAGCAUUAAGAGGGUUGCGGAGUACAAAAUAGUAAAGAGUGACCAGUUAAGGUACAAUGCACAAUGUAUCCAGUUCAGACUCGGUUGUAAUUGGUGCAUACUCAUAUCAUAUCGCCGAAAGCAAGAAAAGUGGGAGGUGAGAAGAUACACUGGGUUUCAUACUUGCAUGCAAACUUUGAUGGGACAAGACCAUGGUAGGUUGGAUUCGAAGGUGAUUGCGCAACACAUUUUCACGAUGGUCAAAGCCGAUCCAACAAUCAGCAUAAUGGUUCUCCAAGGAGGUGUGAAGAAUCACUUUGGUUACAAGGCGUCCUAUAGAAAGGUUUGGCUUGCAAACAAAGAGUCAUUGCUAGAAUAUAUGGCGAUUAGGAGGAGUCAUACAAUGAGCUUUCUCGUUGGUUAUUCGCUAUGCAGAUUGACUCAACCAUGUCCUGGUUCCACUGACACUGUCAUGUUUCAUCGGGUCUUUUGGACAUUUCCAACGUGCAUUAAGGCUUUCAAGCAUUGCAAGCCACUUAUUUUCAUUGAUGGAACUCACUUAUAUGGUAAAUACAGUGGGACCUUGCUGAUGGCCAUAGCUCAAGACGGCAACGCAAAUAUUUUGCCUAUUAUAGUUGCCAUUGUUGAGGGUGAGACAAAGGAGGCAUGGUCAUUCUUUCUGUCGUAUCUGCGGGAGCAUGUCACACCAUAA